CCUUUGCCCCACUAGGCUCCAGUCAGCAGACCUACUCCUCCACUCCUCCGUGUUCACCGGGUCAUACCGGACGACCUCCUGCCACAAACAUGUCUCGGGCUGCGGACAGACUCCGACUGCUGAUCAAUCACCUCGAUCGAUCACCGGCUACGAUCACAGCUGAACCCACGUCCACUCAAACCUUCACCUACAGUCAUCCACAGAGACUGAGAUACUCUUUUGAUACUGACCUGCUGACCCCAGAAGAUCGACUCUUCUAUGAGGAAAAUGGAUUCCUUCUUGUCAAGAAUCUGGUGUCUGAGGAGGACAUUGACAGGUUCAGGAUGCCUGGGCCGUCCGAGGUCGCCUGGUGCAGGGAGAGAGAGUUUCAAUGUGAGGACGCUGUGGAUGAACCUUGA